AUAUAAAGUUUUCACAAAUUAUUACUCUCCCUAAAAAAAACCAAAGCAAAAGAAAAACCCUAGUUUUUUCCCAACUUAACGGAACUCUUUUUCACUGUAUUCAGUACUGUAUGAAACUGAAGGAGCAAAGAAGAUCCAAAUCAAUUGCAAUGGCGGUUGGCGAAUACUCCUAUGAAACCCUAAGCCCUUUCCUUCCUCCCUCCCCCGCCGUUGAAACCACCAUUGCCGGCGGCGAAGACGCCGGCGACUACGUAGUGUUCCGCAAUGAAAUCUCUCUUACGUCAUUGGAGCCCGCCUCCACUGACACCGCCGCAACCGAUUACUUCUCCCUUGACGUCGAUGAUGCUUCGGAUGAAGUAAUUGAUCCAACUCCUCCGCCUAAGAUGGUUGCUGCGGAGGAGAGAGAAAAUGAUGCUGAACGGACACCGGAGUGGACGCUCGAGAGUGGUUGGUUUCGGGCCGAUUGCCGGUUCAAGAGUCCUAUGCUUCAGCUUCAUAAAGAGAUCCUGGACUUCUGUGAUUUUCUCUCCCCAACUCCUGAAGAAGCUGCAGCACGCAAUGCAGCCAUUGAACGUGUGUCUGAUGUUAUCAAAUAUAUAUGGCCCUAUUGCAGGGUAGAGGUUUUCGGGUCAUAUAGAACAGGGCUCUAUCUGCCAUCAAGUGACAUUGAUGUUGUGAUUCUCGAAUCAAAUAUCAAAACUCCACAAAUUGGCUUACAAGCUCUGUCUAGGGCAUUGUCACAAAAGGGUAUUGCGAAAAAGAUGCAGGUGAUUGGUAAAGCUAGGGUGCCGAUUAUUAAAUUUCUGGAGAAGGUGACUGAUGUUGCAUUUGACAUUAGUUUUGAUGUUGACAAUGGUCCCAAAGCUGCUGAGUAUAUCCAGGAUGCAAUAUCAAGGUUGCCUCCCUUGCGGCCUCUCUGUUUGAUUCUUAAGGUUUUCCUGCAGCAGAGAGAGUUGAACGAGGUUUACUCUGGAGGAGUUGGCUCUUAUGCACUGCUUGCCAUGCUGAUUGCUAUGUUGCGAAGUGUGAAUGACUGCCAAAGGUCUCCAGAGCAGAACUUGGGAAUAUUAUUGGUUAAAUUUUUUGAGUUUUAUGCUCAUAGAUUAAACACUUGGGAUGUUGGUGUGUCCUGCAAUGGAACAGGAACCUUUUAUUUAAAGAGUCGCAAGGGGUUCCAAACUAAGGGACGCCCAUUUCUUAUAUCAAUAGAAGAUCCGCAGACACCUGGAAAUGACAUAGGGAAGAACUCUUUUAACUACUUUCAGAUAAGAUCAGCAUUCAUGAUGGCUUAUGCGACACUUACAAAUACCAAGACCAUCAUGAAUUUGGGUCCUAAUAAAAGUAUACUUGGAACAAUUAUUAGACCAGACCCAGUUUUGCUGGAAAGAAAGGGAGGAAUUAAAGGCGAGUUGACUUUCAACAAUUUACUUCCAGGCGCUGGUGAGGCAUUGGAUUCACAGUAUGAUGAGAAGCAGGAUAUCUUAUGUAAUUGGCAAUUUGACAAUGAUUAUGAGGAAGAACCACUGCCUCGUGGUGGCAAUGCCGAAUGUAGUAGUCCCUCUUCCUCUGGUAAGAAGAGGAAGACUUCGAAAUCAAAAUCGUUUGUGAAGGUCAAAGAGAAUGGAAGCACCGGUAAGAAUGGUUACGAAGAAAUUGGAUCCAGAAAAGAGAGGAAGAGAGAAAAGAAACGAUCCAAAUUCUUAUGAUGUUGAGAAUCCUAUAUCCAUGGAAUCACAAGUCAUCCUGAGAAGCCUUGGAGGUUGGAUAGAUAUGUUUGAGGUUAAUGAUGCCGCUACUAAGAUAUCACUGGCUUAUCUUCCUCUGUUCCUCUCUGGACAGCUACUGCAGCCGAUUAUGUUAACAGAUUUCCUGUAGUAUCCAGUAUUAUUGGGCAGAAAUCGUUCACAGGAAUAUGGGAAUAUGCCAUAUAUAUGGCAUGUGCUGAAUUUUGUUGUAAUACCUAGUUUCAUUUAUAUACAUACUUACAUAGGAUUGGUAGAGGGAUAGCCUGGUAGGCAGUUUUUGUUUUUUUCCGAUGAGAAGUGAGUUGAUACACAAUGAAAUGUAAAGUGAUACCUUUUUCUUGUGGUUGUCAAUAUUUAUUCGUUAUUCAUAUUCUUAA